AUGAACGACCUAACCUCAGGCCUCGCCUCUUCUUCACCCACAACCUCAGCUCCGGCGCCAAAGCUAACCUCUUCACAACGAACAACCAUCAUCUCCGCAGCCGAAUCAUUCGUUAAAACUGCAUUCGCCAACCACGAUCCCUCCCACGACUAUCACCACGUCAACCGUGUCCGUCUCCUUGCCCUCUCUCUCACCCGUUCGUCCGAACUAACACCUCUCGACCUUCUUGUCGUCGAACUAGGAGCUCUAUUCCACGAUCUCACGGAUUCCAAAUACUCUUCUUCCUCCCUCGAUCCCUCUACCGUCCUUGCGCCUUUCUGGGCCUCUCUCCCUACCCCCUCCCCCAUUUCCGAGACGCAGAGGGUGACGGUGGAGAAGAUAGUCGAAAACGUUUCAUGGAGUAAGGACGAACGUCGUCGCACCCUCUCACCAUCCCAUCGCACCUCCGCCGACAUUGCCCUCUCUGAAUGGUUGGAAAGCUGUAAAGAAUUCCAAGUGAUAUCUGAUGCAGAUAGAUUAGACUCAAUAGGAAGUAUUGGGAUCAUGAGAUGUGCUGCAUAUAGUGCCAAGGUGGGUAGAACGUUGUAUGUGCCCCCGGCGAAUGCAAAGAUGGAUCCAAACCCGCCAGCGGAACAGGGGGAGGGGUGGAAUGGAAGUGCGGUUGGACAUUUUUAUGAGAAAUUACUGAGGAUUAGAGGGGACAGAUUGUACACGACCGAGGGGAGAAGGGAGGCGGAAAGAAGACAGGGGGUUAUGGAGAAUUUUUUGGAGGAAUUGGGAUUGGAGUGGGUUGUUGCUAAACAGGGAGCGGAGAUCGCGAUGAUGAGGCUGGAGGAGGAGGAUGAAGACGAUGAGGAGGAGAGUGAAGACCUUCCUCAUCCUUUCGGGUCUGCUAUGCGAACAAUGCAUUUUGUACAACACACAACAACCGAAAGCAACAUUCACACGACCGAACCUCGCACUGAAUUGAACGAUCUAUAUUGA